AUGCUGGAGUUUGUGAGUUGUUUACGUAUUAGCGGUUCAAGAGGAACUGAAGAAAACGAUGAAGUUUGCAUCUGCAAUGCUAUGUUAGUUUCAGAUACAUUGCCAGGUAGCGUGAAAUCUCUUGAUGAUUUGACAAUUGACCAAAUUAUGAUGAGCGAGGGCACUGAGAUCUUUGAAGCUGAAAAGCUUAAUCAAUCUGAUUUACAAAUAUUCACAAGUUCCUCAGGUACUGGUGAUGAAGACACAUAUAAGAGGUGCAUAUGGUAUGAGUUAUUAAGGACAUUGACCUGCCAUAAAUUAUACAUAAAGGACCUCGAAUCAAGAGUAAAAUAUACAGCAUGGACGAUACGAAAGGUAUCUGAUGAAAGCUGGAAAGUUGUAAUGGAAUUAGAAUCUGGUGCUAUUGUCAAGAAGAUUGCUCAAUUUUCAUUAACCUCCGUUAAAACUGGAGAGAUGGAUCUUUUCAAAUUAUCAUUGAAUUUAUUUGAAAAUAAUUGCAAAUCCAAUGACAGGUAUUAUAGUCUUGGUGAAAAAUACAAUAACUUAUAUGACAGAUUGAAACUUAUGGAGGAAGAACGCACCAUCUUGGAUAAUGUGCUUGAAGAAAGGGAUAAAAGUGCCAGAUUGAUAACAGUUGGUUUAUUAAAUGAAAAGAAGAAAAAAAUAUUGCAGUUACAAGAAAUACUAAAGAGACAUAACAUUAUCGAUGACGCAAUGGAAAAUAUACCUGACUUAGAAGCCGUAAACAAAAAUGUUGUACAAGCCGUAUCCCAUUUGAAUUCUCCAGGUAGGAGGAAAAGAGCGAGUACAACACAAAGUAAGCAAUCUAUCCCUUCAAAAAAGAGACGAAGAAAUCAAAUAAAUGAAGAACAACUAAUUAAACAGGAGGCAGGUUCAAUCAACGAUUUUGAUGACUUUAAAUUUUACGGUAUAGGGAACUCACAAUUAAGAGACUCCAUUUCGAGUCCCAAUAAAGUCCGACUAGAUGGGCAAGAUAAACCUGUUGAAGUUAAGCAGGAAAGCUCCGAAACUAAAGUAGAACUUACACCUGUUAGCAAUACAUCCACAAAACAUACCGAAAAGACUUCAAGUGUAUCUGAAACGGAUACCGAUAUCGAAAGUCAGGAAUCGACUCAGGAGGAAACAGAAUAG